AUGAACGAAUCUUUUAGGCCUUCUUACGAUGCAAAUCUGGUGAAGAUGUGUAAGGCCUCACCACGCGAUUCUACGCUCGCAAGAGAUGCUAUUGCUUCCCAAACCAAAUGGCAGCAUGAAGACGGCGUUGUAGUGGAGGCAUGUCGUAUCUGUUACGAAGAUGUGCCAGUGGAUGAGAAAUUCACGGUGUUUGGAUGCUACCACCGAAUUUGCUUCGACUGCAUCAAGAAUGAUAUCAUGCAUAGUCUACGGCAUCGGGGUCGGCUCAUCUGCCCGAAUGUGGGUUGCAAGCUCUACUGUCUGAACCCUAGAUGUUCGAUUCUGAUGUCUGCUCGAGGCCUUCCCGCAGUUGAUUCCGCUCUUCUCGAGUGUCUCGGAUGUGGUUUACGCUUCUGCGUAAACUGCAAGAUGGAGUGGCAUACUAAGCUUAGCUGUGCUGCAUUCAGGAAGACCAAAGCCUAUACGAAGUCCGGUACGGCCGUUUUCGAUGAUGCAGCUCGGGAGCUCGGUCUGAAGAAGUGCAGCAAGCACAUGCCAUGCACGUUUUGCAAGUACGAGUUCUGCUACACCUGUGGGAACGAGUGGAAAAACAAGAAGCCGACGUGUAAAUGCGCUCCUAAGGAUAUAGAUCUUGACUUCUGUUUCUACGUUGAUCCAUUGGUUAGAAAACGCAUCAUCAGGCAAACAAACCUAGAUUGUGAACUUUUGGAAGAACAUGAUAUAAUGGAUUACAGCUUAUUGGUUGGUUUACAAGCAAAAGACUCAUCAUCUCAAGGUUCAGUUAAUGGAGUAAACCCGGUUUACGGUAGCUUCACACCUCCAUGUAAACACAAACUUCACCAAACAUGGACAUGGACCAUCAUGCAAACCUUUGAAUUUUGUGUCUUAUGA